UUUCUGUCCAACCCACUUGAGCAACUGUUGUUGUUGACAAUCAUUUUCUUUUAUUGGAAUUCGAAUUGUAUUACUGUAAUUAGUUGAUUGCUAUAACAAUGUCAAAAUUUGGUAGCGAUGACGAAGAUGACUUAGGACACAGAAGUGAUGAAGAUGAAAACGAAAACAGAAUAAUCGAUUCUUCAGAGGAAGACGACGACGAAGACGACGAAGAAGAAAUAAGGAAGGUGCAAGAUGGCUUUAUUGUCGAUGAUGAUGACGCUGACUUAUCUGAAUCCGAGCAAGAAUCAAAACCACGUAAAAAGAAACAUAAGCACAAACAUAAGCAUAAACGUCAUCGUGAAAGAAGCUCAAGAAAUGACGAUGACGACGAUGGACUAGAUGAAGAUGAUUUGGACUUGGUGAUGGAAAACAAUGGUGUUCCUGCGAGAUCGUCAACUUCAAGGCUAAAGCGUCUAAAAAGAGCUGGUGGCGACGACGAUGAUGACAUGCGUAAUGAAAAACAUGGGCUAGAUGCUAUGUUUUCAGAUGAUGAUGAUUUGAGUGAAAUAGAAGAACCUGAUGAGGCUCCUUCUCAAGCAUACUCAAGAAGACAUCCAGAUAAAGGUGAAUUUGAUGAUUUUAUUGAAAAUGAUUAUUCUGAAGAAGAAAUUGAAAGGAACAAUAGAGUGCCCAACAAACGUAGACAAAAUUUGAAAAUGAUUGGCGAACCAAAUGCAAAAUAUGAUGAAAUUGAUCAAGAAAAUCUAGAUGUUUUAUAUGAGAUUUUUGGAAACGGCGAAGAAUAUUCAUGGGCUUUAGAAAUGGAAAAACAAGCAGACGAUCACGAUGAAUACUAUGAAGAAGAGGAUGAAGAAAAAAAUCUUCCACUAUUGACAGACAUAUUCGAGCCCAGUGAGUUGAAAGAAAAAAUGAUUACAGAGGAAGAUAACAAAAUCCGUGUUGAAGACAUACCUGAAAGAUAUCAAAUACUAAGAUCAAAACUCGGUGAUAUAAAUGACUAUAAAUUGUCUACAUUUGAUUUUGCAAAUGAGAAAGAAUGGGUGGCAAAUAUUCUUGCCUCUGAAAAGACCUCUUUUUUUGAUUCAAAUUCUCAUUUAUUGCCUCAUUUCAUUGUGGCUGUUGGUCAUGUUUUAGAAUUCAUUUGUAUAGAUCAAUUGGAAAUACCUUUUAUUUUUACUCAUAGGUCAGAUUAUCUACUUUAUUCUGAAUCUGGUAAUAAUGAAAAUGAAGAAAACGACGAUGACUACUCUCCCGAAAAUACUCAUUCAGCGGCGGAGACCUUGUUGUCUGAAGAUGAUUUAUGGAGAAUUCUACAAUUAGAUAUUGAAUAUCACAAUGUUCUAAUCAAAAAGAAGAGUGUUGAAAGACUAUUUAAAAUGAUUAACAAAGAUGAUCCUAUUUUCUCAGAGUCUAUUUUGGCUGCUAAUAAAAUAUACGAAUUGCAAGAUUUAUAUGAUUAUUUGUCAUUUAAUUAUUCUCAAGAAUUAAAAGAAGCUUCUCUGUCCAAACAAAAUUCUAGAAGAAGAAGACAUACAAAAUUCAGUUUGUAUGAGAGAGUUAGAAACAACGAGCUUUACGACGUGGUAAAGUCGAUGAACAUCUCUGCUCAUCAAAUAGCUGAUAACAUUAAUAAAGAUGAUGCAAGAGUUCAUUUUGUUGAAGAUGCCCCCCAAUCACCUCAAGAUAUGAUCAAAGAAAUAUGUGCAAAACCCAAUGCUUUGUACAAAAACCCAGAGUAUGCAAUGGAAGCUGUUAAAAAAAUCUAUGCCGAUGAAAUGUUUUAUCAAAAUAGACUAAGAACUGUUGUUAGGGAUGGUUACUCCGAAUUUGCAACAGUCGAUAUAAAACUAACAGAAAAGGGUAAAGUCAAAAUUGACAAAACUUCUCCAUAUGCGGAUUUUAAGUAUUCGAUCAAAAAAACAAUGUCGCAAUUAAUCAAACAGCCCGAUUUGUUUUUAAGGAUGCUUGAAGCAGAAUCAUUGAAUUAUGUUGAUGUCCAUAUUACAUUGGUUUCCAGAAGUUUAUUGCUUAUCCAUAUUUUCAACAAAUAUGUUGCAAGUGAAGGUGUUUCAGAGGUUGCAAAUACCUGGAAUGAGCUUAGAAGAGCUUGCUUGAAUUUGAUGAUGAAAAAAUUGGAACCAUUGGUGUCUCUCCAUAUUAAAGAAGAGUUGCGAAAAGAAUGUGAAAAACUAUUAUUUUUCAAAGUGAGAAAAGAAGUGACUAGAAAGUUAAACCAAGCGCCAUAUCAACCCCCUGGAUUUGUAUUUGGAACGGUUCCUACGUGCGUAGCUAUCUCUUGUGGAGAAGGGAACUUUGGUAAUGAGGCAAUUGUUGCUGCCUACAUGAACGAGUUCGGGGAAGCUAAGAAUUUUGCUAAAUUUGGAGAAAAUCCAUUAAGAGAUGCUGCUUUUGCAGAUUCCUUUGCCUCAUUCAUAGAAAGUGUGAAACCCGAUAUAAUUGGUAUUGCUGGAUAUAAUGCAAAAUCCAAACAAUUAUUUGAUGUAAUAAAGGAAGUAAUUCGAGACAAAGGUCUAAGAGUAGAUGGCAGCAACCCAGAAGCAAAUUUUGGAUCUUAUGAAGGAGGAGAGGCGCCAAUAAUAGAGGUUAUCUGGGUUCCUGAUGAUGUUGCUAAGCUUUAUCAACUGUCUAUCAGGGCCAAGAAAGAAUAUCCUGGAAAGUCUACUCUUGCCAGAUAUUGUACAGCAUUGUGUCGUUACUUGCAAUCUCCAUUAUUAGAAUACAUCUCUUUGGGAAAUGACAUAACAGCUAUUUCGUUCUAUAAACAUCAAAAUCUUUUAACUGAAGACAGAUUAAGAGAAGCUAUUGAAUCAUCAUUUGUUGAUGUUGUGAAUAUGGUGGGGGUCGAUAUAAAUCAAGCGGUGAGAGAGCCUUACGUUGCUGCAGCGUUACAAUAUGUCUGUGGUUUAGGACCUAGAAAAGCGUCUGGUCUUCUACAAUCUCUUCAGAAAAUUGAGUAUAAUUUGUCGAAUAGACAGCAAUUAAUUCUUAAUCAAUUGACUACAAAAAAUAUUUUUUUCAAUUGUUCUUCGUUUUUGAAGGUUAUACAGACUACUAGGGUUAAUAAACAUUCUGAAGAAGAUGUUGAUAUAUUGGAUGAAACCAGAAUUCAUCCUGAAGAUUAUGAGUUGGCAAGGAAAAUGGCAACAGAUGCUUUAGAUUUGGACGAGGAAGAUCUCUUCGAUGUGGAUCCUAUUAGACAAUUGAUGAAAGAGGGAGCCAACAAAUUAAACGAUUUAAUCUUAGAAGGAUAUGCCAAGGAACUAGAAGUGAAAUAUAAAAAAAAGAAGAAGACUAUAUUGCAAAUGAUCAAAGAUGAGCUUCAAAAUCACUAUGAAGAAAUCAGGCGCGGGUUUCAUAUUAUGGAUCAAUUUGAGGUUUUCACAGCGUUGACUGGAGAAACUGAAGAUACAUUUUAUCCCGGUGUUGUUAUUCCAAUGAAAAUAAGAUAUGUCAACUCGCGAUUUAUUUCGGGUCAAACUGCAUUUUCGGUUGAUUGUAAUGUGAAUGCAGAAAGAAUGAAAAUAGAAGAAUCUUCAUCUGUUCAUGAAAUAUACAGACCUUUGCAAACAGUGCAGGUGAAAAUAAUGGAGGUCAACUAUGACAGUUUUAAAUGCGAAGGUAGUCUUUUGGCGGAAGAUGUGAAGAAUCCCACACUCAAUGAUGUCUUAAGACAUGAAGAAGAAGAUGAACAAUGGGAUGUGGAUGCUGAGGCUCGUGAUAAAGAAAUAGAACGUAGGAGAGCUGAUGCAGAAAGAAGAGCUAAGAAGUUUGUGAGACAUGCCUUUUUCCAGAAUUUAAAUGCACGAGAAGCAGUGGAGUAUCUCAAAGGAUUGAGUAGAGGGGAAUUUGUGAUUAGACCAUCCUCUAAAGGCGAAGAUCAUUUGGCUAUUACUUGGAAAGUUGAUAAGGACCUUUUCCAGCAUCUAGAUGUUGUGGAAGGCAGAGAAAGAGAUGGUACAAAGAUAUACAGCAUUGGAAGUUCCAAGUAUUCCGAUCUAGAUGAUUUGAUUGAAAAUCAUAUCAAAAAACUUUCAAGAAAUGUUGAUAGAAUGGUCAAUCAUGAAAAGUUCAAGCUUGGAGGAAAAGAAACCGUGGAGGCUUUUCUCAAUGCUUAUUCCAAGACGAAUCCUAGCAAAGGGUGCUAUAUUUUCUGCUUUGAUUACAAGCACGCCGGAUGGUUUUUGUUGCUCUACAAAACCAACGUUAACUCCAAAGUCUACACUAUUCACGUUCAAAUUGUUCCCGAUGGCUAUUUGUUGGACAACUACAACUAUUCGUCUGUGGAUGAGCUAACAAAUGGGUUCAAACAGCUAAUGAAGAACAGAAUGAACAGGAGUGCUGCUCCUGACAUCAAUUCCUAUGCUAUUCCUCCCACCAACCACCAACCGUCGUUUCAACGAUAUGGUGCUCACAACAGUCAUAUCAGGCCAAGCUAUGGGCAGGGAAACUGGAGAGGCACGAAUUAAAGACCUUGAUAGCUUUAUAAUAUCUGUUUUCCAUGUAUUCUUUAUAUAGUUGUUUUAAUUCUUUUUUGUUGUUUAGUGAAUAUUUAAAAUUUUGAUCUACCCUUAAAGUUAAAAUGUAAAGGCUUCC